CAGCUCAGCAAAGAACGGGAACACCUCUGCAAAUAGUCGAAAAAAACGCGCUUACGCAUGCGCAUAAUGUUCGCGUGACGCACGGCGCUGCGCGGCAAAAUCAAAAUGCGAUGUCUAACCUGCCAGAGGAGCCGUAGUCGGUUCGUCGCAGGAGAAAACGGCUGCCGACGAAGAUCCAGAUGCGUCCAUGUCCGGUCGACGGAAAAGCUGCGUGUGGCACGUGAUCCGCCGGCCGACAAACACUUUUUGCGUAAAGAACGAGAGAACUAGGGGAAUAUACACUGCCACUGCAGCCGAGCCCACCAUGGUAUAAUUAUAGCAAAAGAUUUAUUCUGCAGCUCAAGUUUUUCGCGCUGUUGUUUUUUGUUGUGUGAAGAGACGAGGAGUUGCCAUUUUAUAACAGUGGCAACAGUGCAUUUAUGUAGAUGCACCGAUAGUCUCGGCGCAAGUGCAAGUAAGCAGUUAGCUUCCGGUGAGCUUAGCCAACGCUCUGCAAUCGCUGCGCGCGCACGAGAUAAUCCCGCGCUUUGGCCGUAUAACACAGUGUGCUACGGAAAACGACACUACCACUCAAAGACCUAGAGCUGUGGUGUUUGGGCCAGAAAUGGCGCAAGAAAUGGAAACGGAAGUCGAACGUCUUCGGGGAGAGGUUGUUCGACUUCAGCAGCGCGUCCUGGCUCAACAAAUGGAGCUUGACAACCUCAAGAACCAGUCGGGACCCGCCGACCACGCCCACGAGAGGGGCAGCAACAACGUGGAUGAUUUGGGCGGGGCAGACCUGCUCUGGAGGGCGUGUCCACCUCUGAAGUGCAGUGUGGUGAGACCACACCUAGUUACGCUCGGCGACACGAUCUACGUGGGCGGAGGAAACACUCCGAACCAGGAAAUGUGUCGGCGGGUUCACAAACUCGUUCCCGGAGCUGACAAGUGGGAGAGUCUGCCCAUCACCCCCUACCUCACUUUCGCCCUCGCUGGCGUCAACGGCCACCCGACGGUAAUUGGAGGGGUUAACAUUAUUUCAUCGCUAACGAGUGCUGACCUACUUCACUUUGACGCAGACGUGAACAAGUGGAAGAAGACGCUGCCGCCUAUGCCUACAAGGAGACGUGCGGCUUCUGCAACGACGCUGCGAAAUAACUUGGUAGUCGCGGGAGGCAUACACGAGGAGGACGGUAAAUCAUACCUCAGUACCGUUGAGGUGCUGGAUACGGAAAAACAACUGUGGAGCCGUGUCUGCUCACUCCCUAAGCCGACGAAUUUUAUGUCCAUGACAUCGUGCGAGUUGACCGACAGGAUUUACCUGUUGGGAGGACUCUCCAAACAGGGCUCGAUACGCUCGGUUUUCAGCUGCGUUUUUACAGACCUUCUCAACUCUGCGUCCCCCUCCUCCGACGGCGAAACGACCAGAGAUGCCAAAUCCGAACCGGACAGCAGAGUAUGGGAAGACAUUGCCCAGACUCCGUACCACAGGAUGGGCUGUAUCACCAUCAGUGGACGGCUAGUGGUCGCCAGUGGUCUCGACAAAGGGAACCAAGCUACCAGACCGGUCUAUGUCCUCGACCCGAUCUCACGAAAGUGGGAGACUGUCGGAGAAAUGGCUGCUGCACGAAGUUCUUGUUCGCUGGUGUCGCGAGGCAGAGGUAGACUGAUGGUGGUUGGUGGGUACAUUGACCCACGACACUGGAUAGCUUCCCUGACAACUGACGUAAUGGAGUGCAUCAACCUGAAACUUGAAUAGCUGAAUCACAAGACUAUUUUCUCAUCACUGGCAAGGAAAAGCUAGCCUACCUGAUGGCACAAUUGUUUGUAUGUAUGUAGAUGGCUAUGUAUGUGAAAUUUACAUUUGCAUUCACUUGCCAGUCAUUCU